AUGCGUUCGAACAACCUUCUCAUGCUCGCCGGUUUGGCGAGCACAGCUCUCGCCUACCCAACCGACAUGGCCAUGGACCGUCGUACCGUUGGCCUCGAUAUCGACGUCGAUAUUAGCCUGAACUUGGGCGGUCUCCUCUCCGGCCUCCUUGGUGGUGGCCACGAGCAGAGCCCCGCUAAGCUCCUCGACGGUAUCAACGCAAAUGCCGCCGCGGCCCUCCAGGCUGGUGCAAUGGGUGUUAAGGCUGGUUCCGUUCACGCCAAGGCUCGCAAGGAGCUUGCCGCCUGGCUGCGCGCUGAUGUCGGUGUUCACCUCGAUGCUUCCCUCCGCUCUCCCCUCCUCAAGUGGGCUACUGGUGGUGAUGGCGACAUCCUCGACGUCGACGUCUCUGCUGGUCUCUCGGUCCUGAGCCCACACGCCGCCGAUGUUGCUGCCAAGGGUGGCCUCAUUGUUACCCUUGACGGUAUCCUUGGUGCUGCCGACAUUGAGGCCCAGGUUGUCCUGAGCGCCUCGCUCCAGGACAAGCUUGCUGCUUUCCUCAAGGGCUCCGGUGCCGCCCACCUUGGUGCCGACGUCAAGGCCGGUCUCCACCUUGCCGCUGGUGGUGGUCUCGUCAGCAGCAUGAACUCCGAUGUCAAGUCUGCUCUCCAGGCCUACCUCAACGGCCCCAAGGUCACCCUUGGUGCCUCCAUUAAGACCGCUCUCCUCGCCUGGUUGGAGGGCAAGUCUGCUGACGGUGUUGUUGCUAUCGGCAACGUCCCCGCUGGCGGUCUCACCACCAUCUCCGUUGGUGCUGACAUCGGUGCCCGUGUUGGCGCUGACGGUCUCGCUACCGACACCGCCAAGGCUGGUCUCGGUGCCUUCCUCAAGGCUGACAUUGCUGCCGACCUCGACGCUGACAUCAAGGCUGCCCUUGAGCUCCUUGUUAACGGCAAGGCUUCUUCCGCUCUCGACACUAAGUCUCGUACUGCUCUGGUUAAGUGGCUCUCUGGUUCUGACGUCUCUCUCGGUGUUGAGCUCCAGGCCGUUGUUCUGCUCUGGUUGUCCGUUGGUGUCGAUGUUGACAUCAGCGUCAACCUUGGCGGUGGUCUGAUUGGCAACCUGCUCACCUUCGUCCUCGACACUGUCACUGAGCUCCUCUCGAGCAUCCUGGGCGGUGUUCUCUCCAUCCUUACCGGUGGUGAGAGCCUGCUCUCGCUGUCUCUUGAGGCUCGUGCUCAGUUGGCUGCUGUCAUCGCUGGUGCUGUCGACAUUGACAUCACCUCUGACAUCCGCCUGACCCUUCUCGGAUGGUUGACUGGUGUUGACCUCAACGGCUCUAUCGUCAUUGGCACCAUCUCUGGCUCCAGCUCGUCUGCUUCUCCUUCCGGUACUCCCUCCUCUGGCAACAACGGUCCUCUGUCGUCCAGCGCCGCCGCCUCCCCUACCCCCAGCGGUGAGAGCCCCGUCAACGGCAGCCCUUCCGGCUCUGCCUCCGGUGCUUCUUCCACCCCCUGCGACACCUUGACCUCUGAGAGCGUUGUUCCCAUUGCCACCAACUCCGAGGGUGUUCCUUCUUCCUCCUCCGUCCCCGUCCAGGUGCCCUCUGGCCCCGCUCCUCGUCCCUCGAGCUCCACCCCCGCCUCGAGCCCUGUUGUCCCCACCCCCUCGAGCGUCGCUCCCGUCUCGUCUGGUGCUGCUUCGUCCACCCCCUGCGACACCUUGACCUCUGAGAGCGUUGUCCCCGUUGCCACCAACUCUGAGCAGGCACCUUCUUCUUCGUCGGUCCCUGUCCAGGUUCCCUCUGGCCCCGCUCCUCGUCCCUCGAGCUCGACCCCUGCCUCUGGCACUGUCAACGUGAUCCCUACUCCUUCCAGCGUCGCUCCUGUCUCCUCCAGCGCUGCUUCGUCCACCCCUUGUGACACCAUCACCUCGGAGUCCGUGAUCCCUAUCGCUACCAGCUCUGAGGCUCCUCAGCCUUCCGUCCCUGCCCAGCAGCCCUCGAGCCCUGCUGCUCAGCCUUCUUCCAGCAGCACCGUUCCUGUCAUUCCCGUCCCCUCGAGCCCUGCUGCUGAGUCCUCCAGCACUCCCUCUUCCACUCCUUGCGACACCAUCACCUCCGAGACUGUGAUCCCCGUCGCCACCAACUCUGAGGAGCAGACCACCGUUGUCCAGGCCACUGGCACCGGCUCCACCGUCGACGUUGUUGUCCCCACCACCACCCCGGCUGUCCGUCCCUCGAGCCCGGCCCCCCAGCCCUCCGCUGGCCCCAGCACCGUCCCGGUCAUCCCCGUGCCUGCCUCGCCCUCGUCGAGCCCCGCCUCGUCGACCCCCUGCGACACCAUCACCUCGGAGACCGUGAUCCCCAUCGCUACCAGCUCCGAGGCCCAGCCUGUCCCCGUGCAGACUCCCUCGUCGGUGCCCGCUCAGCAGCCAUCCGCUAGCCCCAGCACCGUCCCGGUCAUCCCCGUGCCUGCCUCGCCCUCGUCGAGCCCCGCCUCGUCGACUCCCUGCGACACCAUCACCUCGGAGACCGUGAUCCCCAUCGCCACCAGCUCUGAGACCCCCGACGUCGAGGCCACCCAGGCCCCCAGCCCCUCCACCACCUCUGUUGAGGUUCCCCAGACUCCUGCCGCUGCCUCCAGUACUCCUUGUGACACCAUCACCUCGGAGUCCGUCGUUCCCAUCGCCACCAGCUCUGAGACUCCUGCUCCUCUGAGCACCCCCGCCUCCUGCGCUAGCUGCGCUCCUCGUGUGGUCACCGUCACCACCACCGUGAGCGUCCCUGUCUGCACUCCUACUGCUUAA